UACCACCUGAAGUAAGAUGUCUCGUUUAGAAGCUAAAAAGCCCUCAUUCUGUAGAAGUGAACCACUGACAAGCGAACGAGUGAGGGCCACCCUCUCUGUCUUGAAAGGUAUCGUCACAUCCUGCUAUGGCCCGGCAGGCAGGCUAAAGCAGCUGCACAACGGCCUGGGGGGCUCUGUGUGCACAACCUCCCAGUCGGCAGCCCUCCUCGCCAACCUGCCAGUCACCCAUCCCAUUUUAAAGAUACUGACGACUUCUGUGCAGAAUCACGUGUCCUGCUUCAGUGACGGCGGCUUAUUCACAGCCAUUCUUUGCUGCAACUUAGUUGAAAAUGUUCAGAGAAUAGGUUUGACACCCACCACUGUCAUUAAGUUAAAUAAGCAGCUUUUGAGCCUCUGCACCAGUUACCUAAAAUCCGAGGCCUGUGGUUGUCGAAUCCCAGUCAACUUUAGUAGCACUCAGAUCCUCCUCUGUUUGGUGCGCAGUAUAUUAACAAGUAAACCUGCCUGUAUGCUCACCACAAAGGAAAUCGACCAUAUCAGUACUUUGAUUCUGAAAGCCUUUCUGCUUAUAAUUCCAGAAAAUGCCCAAGACCACAUCAUUUUAGGAAAGAGUAUAAUUGUCCCUUUAAAACAUCAAAGGGUUAUAGAUUCUACUGUGUUACCUGGAAUACUUAUUGAAAUAUCAGAAGUUCAAUUGAUGAAGAUACUACCUAUCAAAAAAUCAGAUUCCUUCAAGGUGGCACUCUUUUGUGUGUCUUUAUCUGGAGACAUUUCUGAUACUGGAGAAGGAAAUGUGGUGGUGAGUUACGGAGUUUCUCUUGAAAAUGCAGUCCUGGACCAGUUGCUUAACCUAGGAAGGCAGCUAGUUAGUGAUCACGUAGAUCUUGUCUUGUGCCAAAAAGUUAUACACCCAUCUUUGAAGCAGUUUCUCAGAACGCAUCAUGUUAUUGCUGUAGACAGAGUUGGAGUGGCGGUGAUGGAACCCCUGAGUAAAGUGACAGGAACGAGGCCUAUUGGUUCCUUGGACUCAAUCUCUCCCAGUAGUUAUGGAAGUGUGAAAGAUUUGUGCACUGCAAAAUUCGGCCUCAAACAUUUUUUUCAUCUUAUUCCUAAUGAAGCAACUGUCUGCAGCUUGCUUCUCUGCAACAGAAAUGACACAGCCUGGGAUGAACUGAAGCUCACGUGUCAAACAGCACUGCAUGCUUUGCAGUUAACAAUCAAGGAACCAUAUGUUUUAUUAGGAGGUGGCUGUACUGAAACUCAUUUGGCGGCAUAUAUCAGACACAAGACACGUAGCAAGCCAGAAGGCAUUCUUAGAGAUGACGGGUGUACCCAGACAGAACUCCAGCUGAUCACUGAAGCAUUCUGCAGCGCACUCGAAUCUCUCGCUGGCUCUUUAGAACACGACGGAGGUGAAAUUCUCACUGACGGGAAGUAUGGACACUUUUGGUCAGUUCAGGCUGAUUCUCCCUCUGUUGUGAACUGGCCGGAUUUGCUUUCAAGAUGUGGCUGUGGACUCUACAGCAGCCAGGAAGAACUCAGCUGGUCCUUCUUAAGGAGUGCUCGUCUUCCUUUUGUGCCUCAAACCUGCCUUCCAUGUGAAGCCACGGACUCAGCCAGCAACCUGACCUUGGACUGUUUUACUGCAAAGCUUAGUGGCCUACAGGUGGCUGUGGAGACUGCCAGUUUGAUUUUGGAUCUUUCAUAUGUCAUUGAAGAUAAAAACUGAUGUAAGAGAAUAGCAUGUUUAUAUUAUAAAAAGAAAAACUAGUGACAUGUCAAUAAAGAAAAAUAUUGAGUGUA